AUGAAUCCACCGCACGACUCCCUGCUGAAAUACGACAAUCCAGUUUUGAAGACCAGAAGCACAGACAGCAGUUCACCAAGGCAAUAUAUUUUUUCCCCACAGCUGCCUCCUGUCAGUGGCUCUGCUCCUCCUCCUCCUCUUCCUCCUGACCCCAGAUCAGCCCAAGCCGGCAACACCAUGCAGCAAACGCAGAGAAUCCUCAAUGCCAUCCUGCCACCGAGGGAAUGGAUGCAGAACGGCCAGCUGUGGGUGCAGCAGGUGUCCAGCACGCCAUCUACCCGGGAUGACGUGGUGCGCCUGGCGAAGCAGCUGAAUUUGAAGCUGCAGCAAAGGCAGGCCAGAGAGACAGGCAUCUGUCCCAUCCGCAGGGAGCUCUACUCCCAGUGCUUUGACGAGCUGAUCAGACAGGUAACCAUCAACUGUGCCGAGAGAGGUCUACUGCUGUCACAGGUGUGCAACGAGAGCCGGAGGACCAUGGCUGCCUUUCAGACGCUGUACGAGAGCAGCGUGGCGUACGGCUUUCGGAAGGAAAUGAAUGCUGAGAGGAGCAAGGCUGACAUGGAAAAAAGAAUCGCUGAGCUGCAGAGAGAGAAGCAGGACUUGGAGCAGCAGCUGAGCGAACAGAAGGCUGAGUGUGAGGCAGUUCUGACCCGCGAGAACGAGAGGCGACAGAUGGAGAAGCAGAGGCGUGCACAGGAGAUUGAAGAACUGCAGAGACACAAACAGGAGCUGAAGGUCCAGCUGGAAGCAGUCGUUCUCUCAAACUGACUUCCACACCAUCCACACAGUCAAAAUCCAGUGAAUGCAUGUGAAGUCGAGCUAUUUUUACAUUUAACAUCCUUAUGGGAGAGCUGUUGCAUCCUGCCAGUGUUUGUGCAUUCACAAGCUAUAACAAUACCACUAGGUGGCAGCAUCAUCUCAGUUAAAAAGCCACAAUUCCAUGAGGGAACAAGAUAUAGAGCAGGAUUGCAUUCAAAUUUGUUGCCAUCUGAGUAAGUAUUAUAUAUAAACAUGAAAAUCUGUUGUUGUAUUUUGGCUUUACUGGAGAGUUUGUAGGUGUCCCAAGUCAGAUCUGAACUUAAGACUCCACUUUCAGCUGCAUGCAGGUGAGGAAGUCAAAAAGCAGAAGUCUGGUUGUCACUCUUCACGUUUUCCAAGCUGACAUCUGGAGGAAACACUGAAAAGCCCUGAGUUUUGUCAGUGGAUUUUAAUUUUAAGGCUGAAAAUUGCUGAGAAAAAUUGUUGAGAGGAGUUCAGGCCAAAUUGUAAUUUAGCAGUGAAACAAAGGGAAAUGCAGCUUUUUCAUUGGCGACAUGUUGAAACACUUUGAGACGCUGAGCUGCUGCUGAGUUUGGUUGUAUUUCUUUGUUUACCUGUUUAUGCAAAUGAUUUGAACCAGCAUCCUUUCACUGUAUAUGAAAAAUACCCGUUUAUCUCAUGUAAUUCUGCUGAGUCUUUAGGCGGCAGCUCCACUCAAUUUCUGAGCUGAGCAGCCACAAGCAGCUGUAUACACUUACUGUUUUUGUUUCUUUUAUUGAGAUAAAAAUUCAGUCUGCUGCUGUGCGAGCUUCAUUUUCUAUGCUUCAGUUAAUACUUGGAUUAUUUCUGGAGAAUAAAUUCACAAGGCUUGCAUGACAGGAAAAAUAAUGAUUAUUAUGCAUGUCGCUUACCUGGAGGAUAGUUACGGUUUGAUUUUGUUUUCUCAAGUUAUUUUCUCUUGAACAAUCACUUUGAACAUGACAAAUGAUGUUUAUUGAACAAGUAGAAAGUACAAGCGUGUAUAAAAAUACAAACUUUGCUUUUACAAAUGAAGGGCAGUGCAUCUCUCUAUGCAAAGCGACCAUAUCUGGACAGACAGGCUACUAAAAGGUUAUCCUUUCUACUUAAGUGCAAUUCUACUUCACAUGCUAAUACCACUUCAACA